CACAACCCACCCAAGCCCCCCGGCCAACCCCGCCGCCCACCGCCCACCCCGCGGGGCCACGACAUCCUUCCUCGCCACAACCCACCACCUUCCUCCCGCCGCCACACUAGGCUCCCACAAUCGCCCCACCUUCUUCUAACCGCCGCCAUGGAACACCACCUCUGCCCCGAUCCACCUUGGUCCUGUGCGCCGCCGUCGGCCGUGGAUCCCGGGCGACGCCUCCUGUCUUUGGAUCGCGACCUCCGCCGCAGGGGUCCCCGAGUGAAGACGAGCAAGCCGUGCAUCCCAGGCACCGUCUCCUACCUCUGAUCCCGCCGGCCGCCACCGGGGUCCCCGACUAAAGGCUGUUUUGUUACUGGCAAGGAACCAUGCAGGGACCUGUCCAUCCACCGAACCGCAACCGCACCUGGUCUGGUCACCUGGCCGUCAACACACGCCGCUGCGAUGUGUCAUGCCAGCAUGCACCACCAUGGCCUACUGCUGCUAGGGCCGCACGCCGUAGUCCCUAGCCGGCGCAAAAAAUGUUCUGCAAAAUAAUGCACGGAUGAAUGAGAGAAGUUCCGUUAUAACCGGAGUAGUAUUCUUGAGAGCUCAGAUAACUAAAUGUCCGGGCACUGAAACCUGAUGGCCUCAAGCUUGCAAAACGACAUUCAGAAGUUCAAGGAGGACCCAAAAACAAAUAAAAGAGCAUCAUGUCCUGGGGUGUGCGUGCUGGGUCUGGUGUUUAGUGUGUGUGUGCGCGCGCGCAUGAGCUCACUGUGUGGGAGCUUGUGUUUUGUGCUCACGUCCCACCUGCCCAACACAGUUGUGCCACUGCACCUCAACUCAGAGAGGAGCGCCAUCUUGGCAUGGAUGCUAGAGUGCUCCACCAAGGGGGUCAAGGGAAGCUGGAAAUUGCCCAAGCUGGCAUAUGAGAUGAAAUGGGCCUCUGAAUUGACGGAGGUGGCUGAGCGAGAAGAGAGCAAUCUCGUCAAAGCCACCACGGUGGAGGAGGAGGCAUACAUUGCUAGUAGGGUCGCAGAGGCCCGGAGGCUAGAAGCUGCAAGGGCUGCAGGCGCUCCUGAGGGCACCGAGGAUGAUGAUGACGACGAAGAAGAAGAUGAUGCUGAUGAGGAAGAGCUUGCCGAGGAGAGGCAGGAGGAGCUUGGCGUAGGCAAAGUUGCUAGGGCAGAGAUUACCAGGAAGCCCGAAGGGGAGGAACCCCAAGUCUUCGAGCUGCCGUGCCACCUCCGAAGCAGGGGUAUACAAGAGUCUGCGGGCACUCCCCCGCCCUGAUCUGAUCCCGCGGUGAGGAAAUCAACCACCAAGACGGGGUGUCAGGAGGCAGUACGCCGGCAACCAGUACACAUGUCAAGCUCAAGCCCCCAUCCUCUCAGCAAGAGCUUACUGGGGAGGGUGAGGCUUCCCGUUCGCCAAGCUCGCCACUGCCAGCCAUCAAGAGGGCCAGGGAGACUCCCCCACCUCCUCAAUAUAACAUGAACGACCUUCUUGAAUCUGUUGAAUAGUAAUCAAAUCUUUAUCUUUUUUUAUUAAUCAAGCUUUGACUUGCUCAACUGUUAUCCUGUUCUG